GUCGCCACGUGACGUACGAUGGUACCUCGUCGGGCUUCGACGCCGCACAUCCGGACCUCGUCGGGGACAUGACGGACGACCGGAGGCGCGAAGUACACAAGGAGCUCGAGAAAGAGUUGGAGCGGCGCCGGGGCCACUUCGCCGCCGCGAGGCAGAGGCGGGCGUUCAUAGCCGCGAACUACAGACCGUUGCACCCGAAUGUUUACACGUUGCGGGAUGAGUUCGUGGACCCGCGCUGGAUCGAGCUCGCCGAGCUGGCGAGGACCCACAGGAGCAAGGACGCGUUGCUAGAAGCCGCCGCGGGUGUUGUUCGACAGAGGCCAAGGGGAGUGUUCGCCUUCCCCGCGCUGACCCCGAGGUUUUGCGAGCUGAUGCGCGAAGAGUUGGAUCACUUCGAGCGGAGCGAUAUGCCGAGGGCCCACCCGAACACCAUGAACAAGAACGGUCUGUUGCUGUACGAGCUCGGCAUGUACGACGAGCUGCUGACGCCGCUGCUGGAGCGAUACGUAUCGCCAGUCGCCGCCGCGCUGUUUGACGGGGGCGAACGAGAGAUGGCGAACGGAUCCGACUCGCUCGACCACCACAGAUCGUUCACGGUGCGGUACGAGCCGGAGGGUGCGGGGAAGGACGUGGAUCUGGCGUAUCACUUCGACGACGCCGAGAUGACGCUCAACGUGAACCUCGGCGGGCAUUUCGAGGGUGGCGAGCUCCUUUUCGGGGGGUUGAAAUCCGACGGCGACGAGAAGCACUCGGCCAGAUACCCGCACUUUCAUAGGGAGGGCAUCGCGAUCCUUCAUCGAGGAUCGCACUGUCACGAGGCAUUGCCGGUUGAUAGUGGUAAACGCACCAAUCUCAUCAUGUGGUGCCGAAGUUCACAGGUUCGGAUUCGAUAUUGUGCCAUGUGUGGUCGUGACAAGAUAACUACGUCGAAAAUUGAAUAGAGACACUAAUCUUAGCCUAGCCAU